AUGCCACGCUCUUUUUUGGUGAAGCAGCCGAAGGUUCACGAUUGCUCCUCUUCCAACUACUACCAUCAGCACCAGCAGCACUGGGACGACUCUUACACUGUGACACAUGCCAUCACAGAGUCGGCCACCAACUUGGCGGUGCGUUUGAGUGAAAAUGGCUACAUCCACGAUUACACCAUCCCCUCAGUUUUGCAGAGCACAAAGCAGCCAGGUCAUGAGCAGACCGGGCUCUCCUCAGGACCCCUGUACUCCCCAGAUGGCAGCGGCGGGGAAGAGUACUCCGACCAUGACAUGGAGCAUCCGGACAGCCCCGUCUCCAGUGACACAGUCGAGUCAGACAGUAGUGUCCCUGAGUUGGAGGCGUGCACCCUUGACGCCUUCCUCAUCUCUGACGGCCGCUCCCGCCGGAGACCCAACCAGAGGUGUCCCCGCAAGGGAGGCAGUCAGUCGGACAGCAGCGAGGGUGUUGAAUCAGCAGACUGCAGCCCUGCUAAAGGGAAAUCUAAAGGUCGCUACGUGUGCAGCGAGUGCGGAAAGUCUUACGCCACAUCCUCCAAUCUGAGCAGACACAAGCAGACUCACCGUAGCCUGGACAGCCAACAGGCCAGGAAGUGUCCCACAUGCCACAAGGUGUACGUGUCCAUGCCAGCGCUGGCCAUGCACAUGCUGACCCAUGACCUGAAGCAUGACUGCACGGUGUGCGGCAAAGCUUUCAGUCGACCCUGGCUCCUGCAGGGCCACAUGAGGUCCCAUACAGGGGAGAAACCAUUCGCCUGCGCACACUGCGGCAAAGCUUUUGCCGACCGCUCCAACCUGCGCGCCCACAUGCAGACACACUCUGCCUUCAAGCACUACUCCUGCAAACGCUGCCACAAAAGCUUCGCACUCAAGUCCUACCUGAACAAGCACUACGAGUCGGCCUGCUUCAAAGGCUACCAAGCAGAAGACGACUGCAGCUCUGAGGACUGA